AUGAAAUCCCUUAGCAUGAAGGUAGCUGAAUCGUCUAAAGCUAUUCCAUGCUCACUUAGUGGUUCAUCAAAUAUCAGAAGAUGUCAAGUAACGACUGUGUGCUCUGGCACUAUUGAUGCAAGACAGCAGAGUACUCACGAUGGUAGAAAAUCUAGAUCAUUUGAAGCAGAUCCACGCUGUACAUAUAUAGACCUUGGACAUCUUACCUCAAUGAAAGUGACUCAACUGGUGAAUCAGCAGGAUAUUGGUUACACAGAAAGCUUGACGUUGUUUGUUAAAGACUUGGGACCAACACCUCAGAAGAUUGCCAGAAAGAAGUUACCUCUACCCAAUGGGCACCUAGUACUCUGA